GUUUUGUCUUUGCAUUACACAAAUUUAGUAUUCAAUAAGUCUUUGUGGAUAAAUGUCGUGUAAACGGUAGAACAGAAUUUUUUUGUGUUGUUUGUGAGAAUAACGAAACUUGUAUUAGAAAAAAAAUAAACGACAAAUUUACGUUGAAAUCAAGAACGAAACAAAUAUAUAUAAAAUAUGAGUGUUUAAACGAACAACUGCUAUGAAAAAUUGUUUAAUAUUAAAACAUAUGGAAAUUUAUUGAAAAAAAAGUGCAAAAUAAAAACCUUAUUGAAAUAAAAAUUGGAAUAAUCUUAUAAAAAUAAAAAGGUUUAAAGAAAAAAUUGUGUUUAAAAAAAAAAUUAUAUUUUUUUAAUAAUUAUAAUUAAAUAAUUUGAUCAACAUAAAAAGAGAAAAAUAAAAACCAAAAUGCUGUGCUGUAAAAAUAUCAAUACUCAACUCAUGGCCUUUACCGCCAUUACUUUAUUUGGAUUUAUAUCUGCCCAGGCAGUUGGAUCGAAGGAUCUAUUUAGAUGCCGCCAAAGUUGCUAUCAAAAGUUUGUUCAAGAUUGGCAUCAUUGUAUGGAUUUCGAGGAUUGUAAAAAUAUGUGCAUCACGCCACCUAAUAUCAAUAGUUAUAUCCCAGAAGCAUUCAGUUUUCUGUGUUGGAAUAAUUGUGAUCAACAAUUGGGUCCAUUUCCUUUAAAUAUCAAUUCAGCUUUGCGCCAAGGAUCGUUGGUGAUAACAGACAUUGCCUGGGAUCAAGCCAUCACGAAUGCAUCCAAGCAAUGUUUAGUUACUUGGGAGGUCUCUGGAGGCGGUCUAAUGGGCAACCUAUUGACUGAUAGUUCUACUGUUGAAUUAUCCCUCUGGUCAGAUACAGUAUAUCACGUACAAGUUACGUGCAAACAUAAGGAAACUGGUGGCAUGCGCAGAUCUUUCAAAUUGAUUGUGGACACUCAUAAACUAGGCGAUAGUUCGGCCACCGGCUUGCAAGCCAUUGCUAUGGAUUCCACAUUUGGCAGCAAAAAUCUACCCCACAUUUAUGGUGCCGAAUCGGUGCCCACUUCAUCUGGUGAAGCCGACUCCAGAAUGCGCAUCUUAAAGGAUAGUUCCAAAGAUUUCUUGACACCCUACAAUCCCAAUGUUAAUACCAAAACCGCCUCCACCCAAACCAGCAGCUCCAUCAAAGUUAAAACACCCAAUCCAGCUGAAAACGAAGUAGUACCCAGCUUAAAUGUCAAACGUACAAAGCUUGUAGGUCUGCCAGCAGUGUCCGAAUCCAGCACUAGUUUUCUAACCCAGUCCAUGGUAUUUGCUGUGGUCGGCUCAAUAGUCUUAUUUUUUGGCAUCAUUAUCUUGUACCUUAUCAUGCGUCCUACACGCAAACAAAUUUCAGUCAUUGAUAAGCAGAUGUUAAUACAAACCGAAGUGCUGCCCAGCCAAUUGCCCCUGAAUCCAGCGUCUGUACACAGUGCAGCAAAAUCAUCAGCACUCAAUGAUCAGCGUGCCACAUUACAUGUGUAAAUUUAGGUGUGAUUUUUUAAGGCUAAUUGUAUAAUUGUGUAAAUAAAUAUUAGGGUUUUUUCCUCACUUUUUUGCGAGUGUAUGUGAUCGUGUAAAUACAGCAUAGUAAGAAAUUAAAAUUAAACGAUACGUGUAAGUUUACUUUUAACUCACAGUGUAAAUAUUUAUUUUGCUUAAUACUUCGUUUUAAGCUUAAAUCGUGUGAAAGUGUGUAUGUUAGCAAUAUAUAAGUAAAUAAAUAAAUAAAUAGACUAAAACUGAAGUUUUGUAUUUCAAUUUAGAAUAGAAAUAAAAGCGAUUUGGCCAAAUUUACCUGACAGUGUUAAUUUAUUUGCUUAAACUUCAAAAGCUUUUUGUUGAUUUAUUUUUUAAGUCUAAAUAUGUAAAGUUAAGUCUACAACAAGGUCAGAUCGUCUUCAAAACUUAAGCAAACAGACAGACAGACAAACAAACCAACAAAUAAUACAAAAUGCUUCAGUUAAAACAUUUUUAAACAAUAAUAAUAUGUAUUUGUUUAAAAAUAUUACCAACCACAAUAAAAUAAAAACAAUUUUUUUUAACUUAAUGUGAGUGAGAUUUGAGAAAUGUGUUUAGAAACUAGCAUGUAAGAUGUCUAGUCCUUUGGUGUAAGAAAUAUAUAAUGAUGAAUCAAUGAAUGAAUGUGAACGAAUAAAUGUUUAAAUCUAUUUUUUUAAUUAAACAAUAAACUUUGAAAAACAAGCAAAAUUGUUUUUCUUUAAGACACGCUUACAAAAAAACUCCCAGUGUAAAAAAUUUGUAUACUUGAUUUCGUUAAAAAUCUUUAGUUGAUUUUCUUUUCUUUUUAAAAAAAACGUUUUUGAUUUUAGAAAUUUUUGAUUUUUUUAUUAGCUAAAACUUUUUGUUUGUAUUGUAUAAACUUCUCAAUAAACACAUGAAAAAAAAUCAAAAAUAUCUUCCAGUCAAAAGCAAAUUGAAGAAUAUUGUAAAAUAAGCCAACAACUGUCUAGAGAUAUCAAAACAAAUAAUCAGAUUAGUAUAAAAUUUAUAGCAGUUUAUAUAUAAAAAUAUAAAUAUUUAAUUUAAAUAAUAUUAAAUAUAAAAUAAAUUAAGGACAAUUAAUUUUAAAUCAUGUAAAUAUCAGCCAUACAAAACAAACGGUAAAAUGCAACUCUUUUGUAACAAAAAAUACAAAUUAGCAUAUAAAAUUUAAUAAUUAAUAAAACAAAAAAUAAAAAGCAAAAAUAUUUAUUUAUAAAAUGUCUGCGUGUGUUUCAAACAAAGUCAAGCAAUCAUCAAUAAUAACAACAUAAAAUAAGAAAACAAAAACUAAACAAAAUUAUAAUAAAUAAUUCAAAUCUGUAACUAAAACAAAAUCUGUUGAAUUUCUUAAACAACGAACAUCUUUAAUUUUUAAGUUCGUUUGAUUUCUUCUUUUUACUAUAUAUUUCCCCCAAGGAGGCACACGUUUAAAGACUGAUAUCCUUAACUAUUAAUUUGUUCUACUUUCCCCUUCUAUCCCCUCCUCCCAUUUAUCUUUCUUUUCCUAUUGUACCAUAUUCUAUUUAGUUUUGUAAUCUAAAUUGAUCCACAAAAUAUUUGUUAUUGAAUUUAUGUUUAUUUUUAUGUUAUUUUGCUUAAAUGUCUUAAUUGACUUGGCUUUCAGGCUAAGAUAGGCUUAAUUUAUAUUAACUACACAAUUAAAUAAUACAAAAUAAAAAGAAAAAAAAAUAUAACAAACAGAAAAUUUAAAAUAAAUCAUUAUUCAUGUUUCAUCAGCAAACAAAACAAAACAAUUGUAAUUAGUAGUUAUAUUAUAAAUAUUAAAAACAAACAAAACAAAACAAAACAACAAAAAAAAUAUAUAAAAAAGAAAUAAAAUAAAAAACAAAAAUAAAGCGAAAUUUAAAAAAUUUAAA